GUCUCACCGCUCCCACAAAAACCUACUUUUCCCUUGACAAAGAAUCAACCUAUAUUUGUAUGUAUAAAUAUUUGUACAACACACAAACAAAAAGCAUAGUACAUAAUUGCUCUCUCUCUCUAGCUAGAAUAAAAUGGGUCUUAGAGACAUUGGGCAGUCAUUACCUCCGGGAUUUAGGUUUAAUCCGAGUGAUGAAGAGCUGGUUUGCCAUUAUCUUCAUAAGAGGAUUGCUAAUGAAAAACUUGUUAGAGGCACUUUACUCGAAAUCGAUCUACAUACUUGUGACCCGUGGCACCUACCUGAUGUGGCGAAGCUGAAUUCAGAGGAGUGGUACUUCUUUAGCUUCCACGAUUGUAAAUACGCAACCGGUUACAGGACAAACCAGGCCACCAUCUCUGGCUAUUGGAAGCCCACCGGCAAGGAUCGUGUUGUGCUCGACCCUACUACCCGGGCCAUUGUGGGGAUGAGAAAAACACUGGUUUUUUACAAGCAUAGGGCUCCCAAUGGGGUCAAAACUGGAUGGAUCAUGCAUGAAUUUCGCCUUGAGAACCCACUAAUGCCUCCUAAGGAAGACUAGGUCUUAUGCAGAAUAGUUUAUAAAUCGAGUAGCAGCCCACAAAAUUUGUGUGAUCAUUCUACAUCUGGUGGCACUUCUCCUAAUUUGGCUGUAUCACCAACAAGUGAACAUACCUUGCUCAAUAAUACUCAUCAAAACAUGAUUAACUCCAUCUAUCAACGCGAAAACCCAAACCGGAACCCGAACACUUAUCCCGUCCACUCGGGAUACUUGCAUAUAUACCCCGAGGAGCGUGACAAGGAGGUUGUGUCUCAUCCAUCGGCCUCCAGUCAUAAUUUCAAAUUGAUCAAGACCAAGUGUGAGGACGACUUUGGAUUCUUGUUCGAUAUGAGCAUCGACUACUCUACUCGGAUGGACGGGAUGGUUUAGCAUCUUAUCUCGAGGAGGUUAGAUUUGAUAAUGUUAGCAGCUCAGUUUUUAUUUGAAUCAUAUGUAUAUAUGUACGUAGCAUCUAUUUGCAUGCUUGAUUUGAAGUAGAUGUAGAAGGGCCAUGUGUGAAUUUGUGAGUAGUAAUGUUUGUAGUUAUAUGCUGUUUAGGUGGGAAAUAUUAUUGCGAUGUGUAUAUAUGUGUAUUUUAAGAAAAAAAAAAAAUUGUCAUACAAAAUUAGUUUAGUAAAGGAUUCGAUUUGAUUACGUUGUAUAGUUCAAAAUUUGUAAUUUUGAUAUUAACCAAGUA